GCUAAGCCCACAGGGGAAGAGGGGGAGACGCGGCGAGAUGCGGGGAGUCGGGGGCCCGCUGCUCACCAUCGGCGACCUCCUCAGCGACCUCGCCGUCGACGGCGGCGCCGACCUCGCCGGCGGGGAGGUGUCCGUCCCGUCGUCGCCGUCGUCGGCGGGGCAGCAGGCGGAGGAGGCCGACCCAUCCGAGCUGAACCGGCUAUUCGGGGAGCACUAUGACAAUUUGAUGAAAGCGCUGCAAGAAAAUGACCCUUCAUGGCCUUCAUUGAUGCUGAAGCUGUGCACGGCUCUGAAGACCGCAGAUAAGCUGGUGAGCUGUGCGAGUAUUGAUGCUGAGCAGCUGCUGCAGAAGGUAGAGUUGCUGGAGCGCCUCUUAGUGAGGGGCGAUCGUGCGGUCACGGCAAUAGUUGAGGAACUCCAGCGCUCACGCCCCUCCGAGGAUAGUCACUCAUCGAAAUCAAAACCAAGUGGCAAAUAGUGCCGUGAUCGUGUUAACUCUUGUAUUUGAUCACAUAGAUCAGGGCAACUAUUGUCAGUGUUCAUGAGACUGAAGGAGCUGUUUGUUGGCCCUUUCAUGAAUUUCAACAGUAUCUGUGUAGCUGCUUAUAUUCUAGCAUUUCCUGGAAAAAUCUGUAUUUCCUGCAAUAGAGUGUGAAAUUUGCUUAUUGCUUGUUAAUUCUCAAACUUGGUUCCUGCUAGUAUGCAUUCAGGUCUGGAGUCUGGACCCUGAAUUUUGAGUUUUGGGUCCAAAAUUACAAGGAAAA